AUGGCGUCCUCCGCCCGCAAGCGCGCCCGCACCGGCGGCGGCGAGGAGGACAAGGAGCCCGUGCCGGUCGCGGCUGGCUUCGAGGCGCCCAUCUUUGGCGCGCGCGUCGUCGGACAGGUCACCACGCUGGCGCUCGAGGGCGAGGACGGCCCUCUAUCGCUCGGUGAGGUCGGCGUCACGAGCGACCACGCGGGCGCCUGGUACGUCUCGACCAAGGACUCGCUGCUGCACGUCUCGGCGGCCGGGCGCGUGCGCCGCGUGGCAGCCUUGCCGGCAAGUGGAGUCAACAGCAUCGCAAUCAGUCCAGACGGGAGCGCGGUGUUUGUGGCGGACUGCCGCAACCACGAGAUCCGGCGGGUGGAGGUGGCGACUGGCGCGGUGACCACGCUUGCGGGCAGCGGCGAGAGUGGCGACGCGGAUGGCGUGGGCGACGCGGCGCAGUUCUGCUACCCAACUGGCAUCGCCAUCAGCCCGGACGGGAGCGCGAUGUUUGUGGCGGACCACUACAACCACAAGAUCCGGCGGGUUGCGGUGGCGACUGGCGCGGUGACUACGCUCGCGGGCAGCGGCGAGGAGGGCGACGCGGCUGGCGUGGGCGACGCGGCGGAGUUCUACUACCCAGUCGCCAUCAGCCCAGACGGUGGCGCUGUGUUUGUGACGGACCAUGACAACCACAAGAUCCGGCGGGUGGAGGUGGCGACGGGAGAGGUGACGACGAUCGCGGGCAGUGGCACAGAGGGCAGCGCUGACGGCGUGGGCGACGCGGCGGAGUUCAGCUACCCAACUGAAGUCGCCAUCAGCGCCGACGGCAGCACGCUGUUGGUCACUUCGGACGGUGGCCUCCGCCAGGUCUGCGUGGCGGCGCCUCCUCCGCCUCCCUCCUUUGCCCCGAUCGUCGUUCCGCCUUCCACCAUCCUGGCUGACCUCGCAAAGACGCGGGGCGACGCCUCCCUCCCAGAGGGGAAGGUCACCUUCCUGGUCGGCGACGACGAGGAGCGCGUCGAGCACGUGAGCAAGUGCAACCUCUGCGCCCGGUCCCCGGUCUUUCGGACCAUGUUUGGCAUCGGCAUGAAGGAGCGCGACGCCGCCGAGGUCACGGUGGCUCACACCGACCUCGCCAGCUUCACCGCCCUCAUCGACUACCUACUCUCCGACCAGUUCGACCUCGGCGAGGAGGAGGGCAGGGCGCAGCGCGCGCUCGACCUGCGGGAGCUGGCGCAGAUGUACCAGGUGCCGCGCCUCGAGCUGCUCUGCGCGCAGGCGCUGCAGGAGAGCGUCGCGCCGGCGACCGCCGUGCCGCUGCUCGAGGCGGCGCACACGAUGGGCGACGGGCGCCUCCUCGCGCAGUGCCGCCGCUACGUGGCCGACCACGCCGCCGAGGUGCGGGCGAGCGGCGGCGUGGAGCAGCUGCGCGACCUGGGCGUGGCCAAGGGGCUGCUCGGCGACGCGCUCGACCAGGUGGCGGAGCUCAAGGGGACGGUGGCGGCGCGCGACGCGGAGCUCGAGAAGGUCCGGGCGGUGAGUGAGUGA